AUGGGGGGGGGUGUAAAUGGGAACGGCAAGAUCCAGAGCAAAGGGGCUACAGCUACAGAGGUGUGGGUGUGGGGAAAUGCGGGUGUGCUCAAGAAACACCGAGCAGUUCAGCGCAACAGUGGAAUGGAAGACGUCAUAAGAGGAGCUCAAGAACUUGAUAACAUCAUCAAGCAAGGAUACUUAGAGAAGAAAAGCAAAGAUCAUAGUUUCUUCGGCUCUGAGUGGCAGAAGCGAUGGUGUGUUGUCAGCAGAGGCUUCUUCUACUACUAUGCUAAUGAGAAAAGCAAGCAGCCCAAAGGGACCUUCCUCAUUAAAGGCUACAGUGUCCGGAUGGCCCCCCACCUACGAAGAGACUCCAAGAAAGAAGCCUGCUUUGAACUGACCUCCCAGGAUAGGCGCAGCUAUGAGUUUACAGCUACUAGUCCAGCUGAAGCCAGAGACUGGGUGGAUCAAAUAAGUUUCUUAUUAAAGGAUCUGAGCUCUUUAACCAUCCCAUGUGAAGAGGAGGAAGAGGAAGGAGAAGAGGAGGAGGAGAUGUAUGAUGAUAUUGAUGGUUUUGACUCUCCAAAUUCUGGUUCCCAGUGCAGACCCAUUCUCUUGCCUGGGAGUGUGGGGAUAAAAGAUCCUACAGAGGAGAAAGAAGAGGAUAUUUAUGAAGUCUUACCAGUGGACUAUGCCAGUUAUUACCAAGGACUAUGGGAUUGUUAUGGUGAACAGCCAGACGAACUGUCCUUCCAACGG